AUGGACGUUUCCCAGUUUCUGAAAUCUUUUAAGAAGAACGUGGCGGCAAAGUCCAAACGUAGCUCUUCGGUGCGGCAGUCAGACGAGGCCGCGAACUCAGGUGCAGAGGAAGAUGUGACUGAAAUCUUUCACUCGGCCAGCGACAGCGAGGCGGAUGGCGAGGCUGAGGACGGAGAGGUGAUCCUUGGCGGCCGAGCAGACAAGAUGGCCGGCAAGCGGUACACCAGAAACAUGGACCACAGCAAACGGAACCGAGAAUUUGCUGCCUUGAAGGUGGUUGAGACUAACAGUGUUCCUGCUGUCGAGGCGGGCCGGUUUCAGCGCCAGCGCGCCGCGUUGGCGAGGCAGGCAACGGAUGCGCGCAAGCCGCCACGCACGGAAAUGAUUGCGUCCGUGCGGGCCGAGCUGUUGCGGCAGCGCGAGAAGCUCCGCGGCUCGAAUGCGCUGGAUUCGGCAAAUCAGCUGGAUGCAUCGGUGCAGAAGAUGGAGACCACGAUGAUCGAGGUAGAAGACCUUCUCCAGGCCAGCGCGCCAACAGCCGCCACAUCGGCCUCGGUGCUGGAUUUCUUGCCAGCAGCACCUCUACCUGCUCCACGUCAGGCGACUCUCACGACCGCGUCGCGUGCAGCAUCGAUAGCAGUCGCACUGAGCGAACCGCAGCCGCCGUCAAGCUCGGUCACGAAUGGCAGGGCUGGUACCCCCACGGUGAAUGAUCCCGCACUGGAAGAGCCCCCGAAGCUGCCAAAGAAGCGGACAAAGUUUGAGCUAGCAAUGGCGAUGGCUCACGACGAGGUGGCCUCCUGA